GAGCACACAAUGCCUCGGCUACUGAUUUCGCUCCUUUGCCUGGCCCUGGCAACAGGCUAUGGUCGAUGUUUCUACAACCCUUCUGGCCGUGUGGUAAAUGGUGAGGAUGCUGUCCCCUACAGCUGGCCCUGGCAGGUCUCCCUGCAGUAUGAGAAGGAAGGGGCCUUCCAUCACACCUGCGGUGGCACCCUGAUCGCCCCCGACUGGGUCCUGACUGCAGGACACUGCAUCUCGUCCUUGCUGACCUAUCAGGUGGUGCUGGGUGAGUAUGACCGGGCUGUGGAGGAAGGGCCUGAGCAGGUGAUCCCCGUCAACCCUGAAGGUCUCUUUGUGCACCCCGAGUGGAAUGAUAAAUGUGUGGCCUGCGGCAAUGAUAUCGCCCUGGUCAAGCUCUCUCGAAGUGCCCAGCUGGGAGAAGAAGUCCAGCUUGCCCGCCUCCCCCCUGCUGGUGACAUCUUACCUAAUGGAGAACCCUGCUACAUUAGUGGCUGGGGGCGUCUCUCCACCAAAGGGCCUCUCCCUGACAAGCUUCAGCAGGCACUGCUGCCCGUGGUGGACUAUGCUCACUGCUCCAGGUUGGACUGGUGGGGCUUCAGCGUGAAGAAGACGAUGGUCUGUGCUGGCGGCGACAUUCGCUCUGGCUGCAACGGUGACUCCGGAGGACCCCUUAACUGCCCUGCUGAAGACGGCACCUGGGAGGUCCAUGGAGUGACCAGUUUUGUGUCUGCCUUUGGCUGCAACACCAAGAAGAAGCCCACGGUGUUCACUCGGGUCUCAGCCUUCAACAAGUGGAUUGAGGAGACCAUUGCAAACAACUAGCACCAAGGCCCAGCUGGCUGUGCUGACCCCACUUCCUUCAUAAAUAAAGAGCUUUCAGAACGUC